AUGCCGUUCGCACAAUUGGUAAUCGGACCACCGGGCUCUGGCAAGUCAACGUACUGCGAUGGCAUGGAGCAGUUUAUGACUGCAAUCGAGCGCAAAGUUUCCGUCGUCAACCUCGAUCCGGCCAACGACCACACCUCAUAUCAGCCGGACUUGGACGUAAGGGACCUAGUCACAAUAGACGAAAUCAUGGAGCAGGAAACACUAGGACCGAACGGAGGCAUACUGUAUGCGCUGGAGGAGCUAGAACACAACUUUGACUGGCUGGAGAAAGGCUUGAAGGAACUCGGAGAUGAUUACAUACUCUUCGACUGUCCCGGUCAAGUCGAGCUGUUCACACACCACUCGUCGUUACGGAACAUCUUCUUCCGCCUCCAAAAGAUUGGGUACCGACUCGUAGUUGUCCACCUGACCGAUUCCAUCGUACUCUCGAGACCCUCGCUAUACGUCUCCUCGCUGCUACUCGCAUUACGAAGCAUGCUGCAGAUGGACUUACCACACCUUAACGUCCUCACCAAGAUCGACAACCUGCGCAACUAUGGGGAUCUACCUUUCAAUCUCGACUUCUAUACGGAGGUGCAGGACUUGAAUUACUUGCUUCCCCUUUUGAAUAGGGAGCAGACAUCUGGUAUUCCAGGGCCAAGUUCGGCUAUGCAAGAUGAAAAACCGGACACUAAUAUGGAUGAAGAGGAACCUACGUCAAAGUUUUCGGCACUGAACAAGGCUAUCGUAGAACUGGUUGAAGACUUCGCUCUAGUCGGCUUCGAAACCCUUGCUGUAGAGGACAAGAGGAGCAUGAUGACACUGCUGCGUGCUAUCGACCGAGCAGGAGGCUAUGCAUUUGGAGGAGUCGAGGGUGCAAAUGAUACCGUAUGGCAGAUGGCCAUGCGGUCAGAAGGCGUCACGAUGGAUGCACGCGAUGUGCAGGAAAGGUGGCUAGACCGACGCGAUGAGCUAGACGACGAGGAACGGCGUGCAUGGGCAGAGGAGAGCAAAGAAAUGAAAGACCCGCCGCAAGAAGCCCCGCCAGCGGAAUCCACAUCAGCACCCAACCAAGCAGUCAGGCUCACGACGACCGCUGGAGGCGGUGACGACGACGACGACAUGGAGGACGAUCUCGAAGAGAUGCGCAAAUUCAUGGACGAAAAGAAGGAUGGUGGAGUAAAUGUGACGAAAGGAUAG